AUGGCAAAUAAGCAAUACCAUGAAGAUAAUAAUUGGUGGGAAAUGAUUGAGCUUUUACCAGGAUAUUUAUUACCAUAUUGUAGUAUCUUAAACAAACUUCAAUUUGAUAAAGCACGUUCAUUUGAAUUGGAGCCGAUUUCAGAUCCAAAUUUAGGAUAUUUUAAUCCUGAACUUAAUAAUUUAUCAUACUUCUUUGGGACGUAUGAUAAAGUGUUGGCAAUGUGUCAACUUCGUGCAUUUAUUAAUUUUUUACUAAGAGAAAACACAAAUUCUGGAUCCGAAUGUUGUGAAGAUCCCGAAGUUGAAGAUUUUGAAAUUCCUGAAGAUAUUGAAAAUGAUGAAGAUAAUAAUAUUAUUAAUAUAGAGCAUUGGGAGUGA